UGACAGGAAACUGAUACACGUUGUAGAGAUAAGCCGAAUACAUGCCAUAAUACAUGCUGUUUCGCUAUUUUCCUUUUACAAUAAGCAUGUCAAACAUAUACGCAGAGUAAUAUUUAAAUAUUAAAAGUAUUCCAAUCAUUAAUGGCACAUAAAUGCAAAGACAUUCAAAAUUUAAACACUUUUAAAAGCUUAUCCCAAAUAGAUAACACACAUUAUUGUAAAUGAUGCAAACACUACUUCAUGUACUUGUGUGGUUUUACAAUCAGUUACAUCGAUCUAUCUGGGACUUGUAAAGAGUGUCGUGUGUCAGCUGUAGAUCAGUUUCCUGCAGAGCCAUUCGACACCCAUGAAAGGCAGCAUUCUGCCCCAAGUGAGUCAGGUGACCGAGCAGUUGGAUACAGUCACACGUUGAUAUCCCUUCUGCCUCCACUGAGGAAGCACAGGAGUUGAGAUGACGUUCAUCGCCAAGACCUUCUACGACCUGAAAGCCACCACGCUGGAGGGGGACUCGGUGGAUUUCAACGUGUUUCGGGGACGAGUGGUCCUGAUAGAGAAUGUGGCCUCGCUCUGAGGCACCACCACCCGGGACUACAGUGAGCUCAACCAGCUUCAGAGCAAGUACCCACAUCGGCUGGUGGUCCUGGGUUUUCCCUGUAACCAGUUUGGAUAUCAGGAGAACUGCAGCAAUGGUGAGAUCCUGAAUUCCCUGCAGCACGUGCGUCCAGGCGGCGGCUUCAAGCCCAGCUUCACCAUCUUCGAGAAGUGUGACGUCAACGGAACAAACACACAUCCGGUCUUUGCCUAUCUUAAAGACAAGCUCCCCUACCCCGAUGACGACCCCACCUCCCUCAUGCAGGACCCCAAAUUUCUGGUUUGGAGUCCCAUCAGCAGGACCGACGUCUCUUGGAACUUUGAGAAAUUCCUCAUCGGGCCAGAGGGAGAGCCCUUUAAAAGAUACAGCAAAAAGUUCCCAACCAUUGACAUAGAGCCUGAUAUUCAAAGACUGUUAAGAUUAACCAAGACCUAAGAAUAGCCUUCACCUCUUAAUGACUUCUCAUCCUUCACUGUCAAAGCUGAUAUGCUGUCCUCCACACUUUUAGACCUUAUUAAAUGAGGGUGAUAUUCUGAAAAGCUGAGGGAAUAUUAUCUGAGGCCUCAUAAGUGCUUAAGAGUAGUGGAGGAAGAAACUGAAUAUAUGUACCAUGAUACAAAAGUGGGCAUUCCUUAUAGAAAAGCCAGGUAUUUUCUUCUGUUUCUUGUCUUAUCCAAGCCUGGCCAGCAGAUGGUGCUACAGAUUUGAUUAUACGCAUAGAUAACUUCUUUCAUGAAUUAACAUUCACAGCACACACACUCCCAAAAUGUUUGCACUGGAAUAAAACCCUAAAAAACC